AUGGAGCGUCGCGUCACUCGUUCUAUGGCUGUCCGGGAAGCAGCAGUGCUAGCUACAGAGACACAGCACUCUACUAUACUCGAUGUCCAGUUCUCAAAGGAAAGCACCCCCAAGACUUCCUCUGGUAGGAAAGCUACUAUUCCGAACAAUAAGCAUGCGACGUCCCUCAAAGAUUCCAUCCCAAGUAAUGAUGAGCCUAGGACAAAGAGGCGAAAGGCGAAAAAGGUCUCAAAUUCAACUAUUAUGGAAGAAGAGCUUCCGCAUAAUUUGGGUCCGGCUACCAUUGCGAUACAACCAAUCAGUAGAAAUUCAGAGGCCGGAUCCGGCAAAGAUCCGAUAAUGAAAAAAGAGCCAGAAAAGGUCGAAGUCGCAAUACAGGAGAUUGCCAACAAAGUCACAGCUACACUGGGUAAAUCUUCUGAAAAACGCAAGAAAGCCAAAAAGUCUUAUCCCUAUGGACUCACACCUGGCGUCAGUCCGUUUCCUGACUGGUCCCGCCCAACCCCCGAGGAUUGCGAAGAGGCCAACAGACUUCUAUCCAGCAAGCAUGGAGAAAUCAUCGCACCGAAGACAAUCCCCGAACCGUCUCUUACAGUGACCGGAUGUGGGGAGGUUCCUUCUGUCCUGGAUGCCCUCAUUCGAACGCUCCUUAGCGGUGCGACUACCGGGAACAACUCUGCCAAGGCCUUUAAUGGACUGGUGCAGAAAUUUGGUAUCCUCGAAGAAGGGAUCGGCAAAGGGAGUGUGAACUGGGAUGCCGUGCGUCAAGCUCCCCUCAAGGAUGUCUUCGAUGCUAUCAAGAGCGGGGGCUUAGCAGACAUCAAGAGUAAGAAUCUCAAGGCAAUAUUAGAUAUGGUUUACAGGGAGAACCAAGAACGCAGAGACCUCCUGGUAAAAGGCGAAUCAGAUGGGUCCCCGGAUUUGAUGGGUAAACAUGAAGACAACAAACAGUAUGAAAUUGCCUGCGCUGAUCAGCAUUUCCUGUCACUCAAUCAUCUACACAACCUGAGCACGGAACAAGCCAUGGUGGAAAUGGUGAAAUAUCCAGGUAUCGGGCCCAAGACAGCCGCCUGUGUCCUUCUUUUCUGCCUGCAGCGUCCGUGCUUCGCUGUUGAUACACACAUCUUCCGCAUUUGCAAAUGGCUCAACUGGGUCCCUCCAGACAAAGCUACGGAGAUUACAGCCUUCAGCCACCUUGAAGUGCGCAUUCCUGAUCACCUCAAGUACUCUCUUCACCAGCUGUUCAUUCGCCAUGGGAAAACCUGUCCGCGAUGCCGGGCAAUCACUGGAGAGUCGUCAGCUGGAUGGGAAGAUGGGUGUGUGAUCGAUCAUCUUGUGACAAGAACUGGGAAGAGGAAGGGAGGUGCCACGAAUUCCAUCGGCGCUGGGAGUAGCCAGACUGGCAGACAGAGACGUCCUCGCGCAGACAAGGGGAAAUGA